AUGGCGGCGGAGAACCACUGCGCGUUCCCCGUGCCCCCGGCUGGCGGCCUCGGCACGGGCGGGCCUUGCCGUCGGUGUAGCUCGGCGCCGCUGUCCGGCGCGGGGCCCGGCAAGUGGGUCCGGCUGAACGUGGGGGGCACUUGCUUCCUGACCACUCGACAGACGCUCUGCAGGGAUCCUAAGUCCUUCCUCUUCCGCCUCUGCCAGGCCGACCCCGACCUGGACUCGGACAAGGAUGAAACAGGUGCCUAUUUAAUAGACAGAGACCCAACCUACUUUGGGCCAGUGCUGAACUAUCUCAGACAUGGAAAACUGGUUAUUAACAAGGACCUAGCAGAGGAAGGUGUGCUAGAGGAGGCUGAAUUCUACAAUAUCACAUCUCUAAUAAAACUGGUAAAGGACAAAAUAAGAGAGAGAGACAGCAAAAUAUCACAGGUGCCAGUCAAACAUGUAUACAGAGUGCUGCAGUGUCAGGAAGAGGAACUCACUCAAAUGGUUUCCACAAUGUCCGAUGGCUGGAAAUUUGAACAGCUUGUCAGUAUAGGUCCCCAGUACAGCUGUGGCCGGGAUCAGCAGUCAGAGUUUCUGCUGAUAGUGUCACGGGAGGUGAAAGGGGAAGAAAGAUGCUUCCAGAAAUGCUGCAGUGAGCUGGUCAGUAUUGGUUCUUCCUAUAACUAUGGAAAUGAAGAUCAGGCUGAAUUUCUGUGUGUUGUCUCGAAGGAAUUGCAUAACACUCCUUAUGGCACAACCAGUGAACCCAGUGAAAAAGCAAAGAGUGAGGAUGAAGAAACGGAUUACGAUAUGAAUGACUCAGAUUAAGUGUAAAUGUCAUGAUUUUGCAAGAACGAGGUUCCAGGAUGUGAAGACAGUGUUGGACGGUGACAGUUUUUUUCUUAUAUUCGAAGAUGCAGUGAAUUGUCACACAGAAGAGGCUUGGCUGCAAAAGAAAAAAAUCAGAUUUAGACAAUUUUCUGUUGAUCUGAGUUCAACCAUAUUUGCCUAUAAGCUGGUGUCACCUUCUGGAAGCAUUGCAAGAUAACAUAAUGGGAAUAGAUGGUGUGGGAGUAUGUGUUAAAUUUUUGGUUGUAAUGCAUGGUUGUACUCUCUUGUUGGCUGAUUGACACUGGUCAUUUGAAAAGAAAUGACCAUGCACUCAUAUUUUCCUCGGAGACAUGUAGCACUUAAUGUCUGGUGCUGGAUGACCCAAUGUUGAUCAGUUUGGAGACUUUUUCCUACUAAUCAUUGUAAACUUUAAAAGGACAAUGUAAUUGGUGCUACACACACACACUCACACACACACACACUCACACACAAAUGUUACAGCCCAGAAACACAAGUAUUUGGGCAUAUGUUGUGUUAGAAUCAGUGUCAGCCCCAGUUGACUGUAUUAUACUGCACAUUCCUUAUGGCUCUGUGGCAUAAUCUAUUAUGUAAUAACAGCCUAGGAGAUCAACUGAAACUAGCACAUGUAAAAGUUACACAACAGAGAAAAGGUUUCUCUGAACGGUGUAUAUAUUGACUGGAUGUAUAGCUUAUUUUAAUACCCAAAGGGAAAACUAAACUCAGAGAAAAUGGCCUUCCUCUGAGUUAUUCUUGAUGUUCCCUCCGUUAAAACAAGUCUCCUGUAAAAGUUACGCUCCAGUCCUGGUCACAUGCUUGAAAGUGGAAUCAAAAUUCACUGAAAAUGACCAACUGAACAUCCUUUUCCUUUGGAGGUGUUUGUACUCAUAUGUGUGUUUGUGCUUUUAUAAAAUGCCUAUAAGCGUUGAACUGUGUGGAAUAGGGUAGAGAUUUUUUGAGAGCUGAACAUUUUACAGAAAUACAGCUGGCUAGUCCUAGGUCCCCAUCUCUAUGACUCGGAUUAAAACCAACCUUAGUGUGAACAUAAACUCAUCCAGUUGAAAAACCUGAUUACUUUGGAUAUUCAGGAUACCUGUAAUCAACCUUUGUCUUUAUUCUAUAGAGUUUCAACUAUGCAGUUAAGAACAGUGUUUGAACAGAAUGCGAAGCAGCUUUGUUAGUUUGUCCUUGAUAAAGGCUAAUACACAAGACAUAGGCUAUGUUUUGAGCGAGAUCAUUAGCACAUAUUCAAAACAGGUAAUGAAAUGGACAGUAUAAAACUUGGCUUCAUUGACUCACAGAACCAGUGGAAGGGAGUUUCAAAGAAAGCUACAAGAUGGUUUUAAAUUCUAAAGACAUUACAGUUUUCAUUCUUAGCAAUUUCAGAAUUUAUGCAUAUGCUGUCAGUUGUCCUUUACACAAAAGCCUGAUUUUCAAACACCCAGGGUCUACUUUUUAAAUUUUUUUUAAAGGACUUAAGCAUUGAUAUAAGUUUGGCAGAACAAUUUUUAAGAAACAUUUCUACUAAACAGGUUAAGCAAUGGGCUAAAUGUUUUGACCGUGUGCCUAAUGCUUGAAAGGAUUUGUAAUGCAUUUUGUGACUUGGAUGUGGUCUGCACGGGAAGCUGCUGGCCCCUCCACAACACAUACAAUUUUUGUCUUUUUUUAAGAAGUUAAAACUGAAUUAAUUUACUAAAACUGUAAUUGUGUAGUGGGAAAUGUUUAUACUUUUAUACUUUUUUAGGUACCCAUAUUUUAUCAGCUUAAAUUGAGCACACAGAUGUCCCCUAAAUAGUGGCAGAUUAUCUUGUGUUUCUGAAAAUAAGCAUAACAAUUGUCUGUGUUAACUGCAUAUUAAAACAUUUCUUCUGCUGCAGUAGUCACUGUGUUUUUAAGCAGUAUGACUCCACCAAAUUCUCUGAACUCCCCACCUCAUGGAAUUGCAGCCAACCAUGUUACUUGUUGUUUUCUUGACAUGCUCUACAGAGUAAUUCAGCAUUGAUCUAAGCAGAUUUCACUGCCUAAAACACCAGUUUUACAGUGAUCCUUAAGAAUCAGCAUUUCUGCUGCCUUUCUUAUUAAACCCAAAAAGGACAGACUAUGAAAUAAAGUGAAUUUUUUUCUGAAUGGCAUCAGCAAAGCAUGAGUAACAAACUGAGCAAACUGAACAAAUUUAGAGUAUGUAAAAUAGUGUUUUUGUCAAAGUAUGGGUUUUUUUUCCCCCCUGGAAUAUUUUUGGUUCAAAAACGUGCUUUUAUGAUAAGAUCACCUGCAGCUUAGUUUACAUUAUAUCCCUGCCAUAGCUAAUUUUAGGGAAAUGAGUGUUUAAUACUUUUUGCAAUUUUUUUCCAAUACCUCACAAAGAUUUGAAGAAGGAGAGAAUAGAGAGAGCUUUAGUAGGCAGGUACCUUGUAAAUUAUUUUAAAUACACUGUUGUUUGAGACCACCUGAACUACCUACUUUCCUGUUCUUGCUAUUGGCAUUAUUGCUUUAAUUUUUGUGAUCAUGUGAGGCUUUCAGAUAGAUGAAAAUGCUCUCUUCAGCUUUUUUCAAGGCAUUAAGAAUUUAUCCCUAAAUAAGUUUUGUUUCUUUUUGUUUGACUGUUGCAGUUUCAAAUGAAGUUAGUGACAGUAACAAGGUAAUUGCAUUAGAGUCCAAUCUACGUCACCAGGCUUUGCAAACAUUGCUUCAUCUGUUAAGAUCUUGCAGUAUGAAAUUAUGUACCUGUAGAGUUUAAACUGGAGUACUUUGUCUGCAAACCCCUUGGACUUAACUCUGGACAUACACAAUUCUUGCACUCUAUUAUUAAAUCAGAAUCACUAUUAUCAUUUAAAUCAUACACCCUAUUUUUAAAUCAGAACAGUAUUCCAGGUUAAAACUUUAGAUCCUGAGCUUGGAAAGAUCAUAGAAGUAGGAAUAAAACAGGAAGAGAGAGAGGUGAAAUUCCUUAAAGGCAUUUACAUUACAGACUUCUUGCAAAACUUGAUUAAAAGCAGAAGUUCAAAUUUGCUACAGCAAUUUCUUGCUUUGAGUUAGGAAACAGCAUAUUGUUGGCCUUAAGUUUUCUCAGAGGUUAUUUUCCUUUAUUGGAGAUGACAUUUUUGUAUUACAUGCUUUUGACUUCUUCAAGCAGCAAGUGAAUCAGAAUUUUGCAAUGAACAAGUAAUUCUGAGGCCUCAAAGACAUGAAUGUCACAUAAUAACAGUCCAGAUGUAUACUCUGACUCAGCAGUUCCCAGCCCAAAGGUUACCUGGAAUUUUGUCCGAUUUACUGUGGGAUUUCCAUGGAUUACAGUUAAUUGCAGAUUUUUUAUCCUGCAGUAAUUUAAUUGUAUGUCAAAGACUUUAUUGAAUUUCAAAGGUUUUUUUGAUACUUUACAAAAGUUUCCAUUGUCAGAAUAAUUUACUCAUCAAAGCUGUAAAAUUACUGUGUUUUUUUCAAACUCAGAUUUCUUGUAACGAUGGAAGUUGUUUCAUCUUGCAUUGUAGCAUUAGGAGAAGAUAUUUCUUACAAAAUGAAUCUUGAUGAAUCCAUCUGAUGUUUUUGUUUUCAGAUUUUCUUUAGACAACAGCUGUGUAGCUCCAUUUUUUGCAAUGUGAAUGCACAGUUAUGAUUGAUUAGAAACAGGACUAUUUCCUGCAGAUUCAAAAAUUGAAUCAAUCUUCUCUUUUUCUGAGAGAGGUUGUUUUGAAAAAAUGAAAACUGGCUGAUUAAACAAAAGAUAACUUGGUUGCAGGCAUGCAACCAAGGGAACAAGUCCACUGAGUAGGGUGAUAGUGUUAUCAGAAAAGUGCUUCUCAUAACAGAACACUAUUCUGUGAAUGUCUGUUGAGGUUGAGAGUUGUCAGACGCUGUUUAAGCUGUAGAGAGCUGCCACCAGCAACAUACAUACGUUAGUUAAUUUUUUUUAUUAAUGUUUCAAAAAUUAACUUGGAGUGCAAAAAUGCAAUAGUAUCUGGGUCAGUGGAAUUAAGUAGAAUCUGGAUUAUAAUUACCCAGGUAUACUGGAAUGUGUUCCUUGGGAAGUACUGGGAGAAGACUGAGGUUGUCCUGGGCUUUUUGAGGAAGAUCAAAGUCAAAUGAAAGGUUGAAGUCAGGGAUUUUGUUCAGUUGAGAUGUGAUAAAAUCAGAAAGUGCCAUUCUCCUAUUUUUGUUCUUUCUCACCACAUCAAAAGUUUCAAGUUUUUCAAAUUGACUUUUUCAAUCAGCCCUUGAACUGUGGGGCUCUUGAAAAGAGGUGAAAUUUUGUUAUGCCUUUAACAGUGUCUGCUAUCCUAAGACAGAGGGGUUAAAAACGUGAGUGGUCAUUGGAGAAUUAUAUUUUCUAACACAACAAUUUUGAAGUACUUAAGCCUGAGGAUGCUGCCUGUUACUUUAUUGUAGUUUGCACGUAGUCAUUGUAGACUGCAGUUAUGUUGAGUUUUAAGGACAAUCUUGGGAUCUUAUGUGGGUUUUUGUGUAGAAUUAUUGAUUCUUUAAAUAGUACGAAUAUUCAUUUAAAAAAAAUGUGGAAGGCUCUCUGAACUUGGUAUCAUAUAAGUUUUCUUUUGUUUCACAAAAAUCAGGAGCUGUCUUUAAAGGCUUCUUAAUGAACAGAGGCUUUAAAGGGCUAAAUAGAUCUUCUUGUCCAGUUUGCCUAAAUGACCAUCACAAGGAACUCCUUUCCAUUUUCAGACCAGAAAUGCUAAGGGCUAAAAUGCUUUCCGGGGCUAAUUUGAGGUUCCAGAGACAUACAUUUGAAAAACUAGUCUGUUUUCUUUUCAACUCUUGGAAUUUAAAAUAUUUUUUACAAAUGGCUGAACCAAUUGCAGAUGUAAGUGUUCCUAUGUGGCUUGGAUUUUCAGUAUCCAGAAGAACACACUAGAGAAGGCAGUACACUUACCCUCCACUUCAUUAUUACCUUUGCUGAAAUCUUAACUUUCAUGAAUAGCACUGGCAAUAGGGAAACUUUGAGGAAGAUAUUGCCCCAGGAAAUUGUCACAGAGUUUUUCUUUGUUGCAGAAUAUUUUUUUGCUACUUGGUUGACCUUUACUUUAGCAAUGUCUACCAAGGCAUAAACAUCUCAAAGUUCAGUGAAGAGAUACUGCUGCAAGUACAGCUUUGUGGAUUCAUUAGAGGCUAUUCAGGAUGUUGUGUCUUAAUAAGUACUAUAAUGACAGAAACUUUUUUUAAAGUUAUUUUGCUACUUUGGGAGUGAGUGGAAGGGGAAGAGGUUCUGUGACAGUGCUCUCCUCGCCUUAGGAAGCUGAGCCUAAAUUUUGACUUAAGACCUGUUUGUGAUUUUGAGGCCUCCUCAUCUGAAGCGAGUAAAUGUAUUUAUUAUGUAUGUGGUUCUUGCUACUUCUGAAGAUUUUUCAAAAGCUUAUGCACAACUUUACUCACAUUAACUUCGCUCAUGUGUACUUGGUAGAAUGAAGCAAGGGGCAAGACACAAUUAGAAGGAAUGUUGCCAGCCUCUCUACCUGGAACUGAAACAAGAUCACCGAACUGAAGAAGUAUCAAAUGGUGGCUUUUUCCAUCUGCUUCUCUCCUUGUCGUUGCCUCAACCUAGCUAUGAAAAAUCUACUUCCUAUGCACUGUUUAGGACCACCUACCCAAUUCAACAAAUGUUCUUCUCUUUUUACCUUUUCCUCCAAAUCACUGGUCUCAAAAUUACCUGUGCAUCAGCUGUUUGUUCUUAUACCCAAGUGGCCAUACUUGCAACAUAUUUUUCCUGGAUAGUGGAUUAGCAAUAACACUUUAUUUUGUGCCAAUUCAUUCUCUCUGAAGUGUUCUUACUGCAGCAAAAUUUGAAUUUUGAUUUGGUUUUAAUGGAUUUGCAUUAACCAAAACUCAUAGCACAGACAAGAAACUGAAUUCAGGGAAAUUUCCCUGAAAAAAAUCUGCUAGGGCUUCCCAAAUAAUUUGAAGGUGGUUACAGUUAACCAUCACUUUCAAAACAAACAAAUGAAAUGUAUGUGGGUAUUUUUUUAACUUCCUUUUCAUAACACUAGUGUAUUGUAAACUGCAUGGAAUAAACCUGUUUUUUCCCUUUUAAA